AUGCAUUUCAUCGUUAUUAUCAUCACAGUGGUCAUAGCACCCCUAUUACACUUUCUCGGUUGUUGCAUUUAUAACCUAUUCUUUCACCCUUUGAAAUCCUUCCCAGGGCCAAGACUAUGGGCAGCUUCCAGAAUACCUCUCUCAUAUUGGAAAUUCAAGGGUAUUCUUCCAUACAAGAUCAAAGAACUUCAUGACCAAUAUGGUGAUGCGGUUAGAGUUGCUCCCAACUAUUUAGAUUACGAUUCAUCUGUCGCCUGGGAAGACAUUUAUGGUUUUGUGAAAGAGAAUCACAAGAAGAAUUUCCCAAAGAAUCUCACGGAACGAACUUCCACGGUAAAUAAUCAAGUCCAAAAUAUAAUAACAGCAGACGAAGAAAAUCAUCGAAGAUUUCGUCGCCUUCAAUCACAUAUAUUCUCCGACAAAGCCCUCACAUCACAGGAACCUCUUAUCCAAGAUUAUGCUCGACAAUUUAUCUCUGGACUUAUCAAGUUUUCUUCUCUCAAUUCAGACAAUAGCAUUAACAUCGGUCAAUGGUAUAACUUUGCUACCUUCGAUUUGAUUGGUGACCUUGCAUUCGGAGAGCCUUUUGAUUGUGUCAGGACUGGAGAAACACAUCAUUGGAUUGACUUAAUCUUUCAAGCCUUCGAAAUCAACACUUUGGUCAAUGAGGCAAAAAAAUACCCAAUUAUUGGGGCUAUCGCGCUCUUUUUGGUUCCGAAAGAUAUAAUUGGUAGAUUUCCACGUGUUAAUCAACUCACAAGGGAAAAAGCGUAUCGACGACUCGAUACACCGAGAGUUGUACCCGAUUUCAUGAGCUAUAUCAUUAAGCACAAUGAUACAGAUAAAGGAAUGACUCGUGAGGAAAUCGGAGAAAAUGCAACUAUAUUAAUCCUUGCUGGUAGUGAAACGACUGCAUCCCUUCUCAACGGCUUAACAUACCAUCUCCUCAAAACCCCCACCGUUCUCCAAAACCUUGCUAUCGAAUUAAGAACUACCUUCCAAACCCAAGAAGAUCUUACUCUCCACGCUCUCGCUUCAUCUAAAUACCUCAACGCAGUCCUCGAAGAAGGCCUCCGCAUGUAUCCUCCCGCCCCAUCUACUCUCCCCCGUAUAGUCCCAAAUGGUGGAAGUCUAGUUGCUGGCCAAUACGUUCCUACCGGAGCAACCGUCGGUGUCAAUCCCAUCAGUUCCCAACUUUCCGCAAAGAAUUUCCAUCUCCCAUAUGAAUUCCAUCCUGAGAGAUGGCUCAGUGCCGCAGAUAUCGUGGAAUUGAAAUCAGCGUUCCCGGAUAUGAAGCUAAUUGAUCCGAAAAUGUUUGAGGGUGAUGAUAAGAAAGCUCGUCAACCGUUUAGUACGGGACCCGCAAAUUGUAUUGGGAAGAAUUUGGCGUAUGCCGAAAUGAGAAUUUUGCUGGGGAAUGUGGUAUGGGGAUUUGAUUUGGAGGGGGCGAGGGAUAGUGAAAGUUGGUUGGAGAGGAAUCGGAUUUAUGGGUCGUGGAAGAAACCGGAUUUGUGGGUUAAGUUGAAGAGGGUCAAUGUUUAG